UGGACAAACAGGAUCUCCACAGAAUAUUCAAUAAUGGAUGAAAACAAACACCAACAUAUCUAAUAAUUAAUAUUUAAACAUUAUCAGAUGUAGAAUUGAUCUGAAGACUUUUAAACAAAAAUGGAUAAUAAUUUUACAGCAAAUUAUACUGCUCAAAAUUUGAUUCCAGAAAUAAAUUGGUGUUACAAUAACUGUAAACUUCAACCAUGUGAAGGCGUGGUGCAGGAUGUUUGUAGAAAAGUAAUUGCUGACUAUAUUUUUCCAUCUUUGAGUGAAUGGUUUUUUAUUGUGAUAAAUUUGGUACUGUUCAUGAGUGGACUUGUAGGAAAUGCUUUAGUUUGCUUUGUAAUAUGGCGUAGUCUGCAGAUGCACACAGUGGUAAACACGUUUAUAUUUAACUUGGCCUUCUCUGACUUUUUGGUGAUCCUAUUCUGUCUUCCUGCUACCUUGUUACAAGAUGUGACAGAAACAUGGUACCUUGGAGAUACAAUGUGUAAAAUCAUACAUUUUAUACAGACUACAUCUGUUUCUGUAUCCGUAUUAACGCUUAGUGCUAUAUCUGUUGAGAGAUACUUCGCUAUAUGUCAGUUCUGGAAAGUUAAACCUGCUUCAAAGACUAUAAGUUGUAUCCUAGUUAUUAUAUGGUGUGUUAGUUGUCUAAUAUCAAUACCUCAUAUUGUAUAUAUGACUGAAAACCACACAUUUCCGGAGUCUAUGACGUCGUUAUUGACAUUUUGUAAAAUUGAAAUGGAUGAGGACCAUUAUUUGGGCUAUAAUAUGUUGAAGAUAACAAUGUUAUAUGUAUUACCGGUUCUGAUCAUGACGUUUACGUACUCUGUUAUUUCCCGACAUCUGUGGAAGAAUGAAUUACCAGGAGUGUCAGAAGAAGAUCAACGACCAGGAAAAUUCGCCACAAAAUCUGGACCUGAGUCGCAAAUGAGGUCGAGAAGAAGAGCAGCCAAAAUGUUAAUUACCAUUGUGGCAGUGUUUGUUAUCUGUUUCUUUGUUGUUCAUCUAAUACAUGUUUUGAGGUCAUUUGAACUGGUGAAUAAGAUAUCAGAUGAAAAUGUUCAUGUCAUGAUAAUGCUGUCUCAUGCAUUGGUUUAUCUCAGCAGUGCUGUCAAUCCGAUUAUCUACAAUUUUAUGAGUGCCAAGUUUAGAAAAGAAUUUAGAGUAGCACUUAGUUGUUGCAGGAAGGGACGAAGACUGGUGUUUAGACCUCCACAAUACACGACAUCUUCUGGUCGAAAUCGAGGCUCCAUACCAAGAGGAUCUAUACCUAGAUCAGAAAGAUUUACAAUGAACACAUAUACUAACAAACAUGGUUGGUUCGUUGCUUCUGGAAUUUUAAAGAAAGCAGUUAUACAACAGGAUAAAUAUGAUUAAUUUAUGAAUUUAUAUAUAAACCAGACAUGAUAUUGUUAUUUCAAUAUGAUAAACACAUACGUUAAUACAUGAAUUGUGAGAUAAGGUACUAUAUUAACUAUAUAACAACACUUAUAUUUGACCAAACAAAAAGAGCAAGUAGCGAAAUGGAAAAUAGAAGGUAGUUGAGCCUUUGAUGAGUCCGCAUCCAUUGCAUAUUCAUUAAAUGUGACACGAUAUUGGAUGAAAGAAACUGAUAUUUGUACAGUGAAAACUAAAUUGUGGUCCUGUAUUGGAAUGUGGCUGCCAUUAUCUUACGCAUGCUCAGAAUCAGUUUUGGAGAAUGACAUAAAGGAAAAUGCCUCGAUAUAUUGAUCUGAUAUUGUGAUAUUAAGUGACGAACAAAUAAAGGGUACUAUAUAAACUGAAGGAAAGCUGUAAAGGAAAUGGUCCUAGCUGUUAUUUAAAAGACUUAUUACAUGUAAAUUAAGGAGGCAGAUUUCAAAUAGACGAAUAGGAAGAAAUAACAUUACUGAUAAAAGACCGAAAGAAUUAGAUAUGAAUUAUCUGUAUUUAAAAAAAGGGUUACAUUCAAAUGAAAGAAGAGGCACAAAAUAUCCGUAUAAAUAUUCUGAAAAUUCUAAAAAAAAAAAGUCUACAUAUGGCAGUAAACUAUUUAGUUACGAUAGUAUUAAUUUUGAAAUUGUACUCAAGCUAGGAAAACGUAGUUGCUGGAAGGAAAUUUGUAAUAAAUCUACCAAAAUAUGUAUAAAACAGACUUCAUUUAUCAAACUUUGGAAUGGUGUUCGAUUAAAAUGCAAAACAUAAGCCUCCUAACAUUUUUUGUCAAUAGUACUUUCUUGAUGUACUUUUUUCUCUCAGACAUAAGUGACAUAUAAAUAUAUUUAAAAGCUUAAAAAAUUGUCUUUUUCGCUUUAUUUAUUUUAAGAGUAUGGUUUAAUACAGUGAAGUAAGAAGCAUCGCGUGGACGCAUAUACUGUUCUCAAUCUUACUUAUAAUGAUAAAUAAAUCCAUGUGAUAACUAAAAUGUCAAUCAUAAUACAAAAUUAUAGCUUCUCGCAGUUAAGUGUAAUUUCUUAUUGGUAAGAUAAAGCAUAUGUCUUAGUUUUGCAAUAUUUGUGCCUAAUCAAUUUAGAAUGUUUACAAUGUAGAGGCAAAUAACAUGAAGUUUGUAAAUUUUGCUGGAAAAUAACUAAGUUCUAAAGUCCGGAAAAAUGUGAAAUAUUUCUUGAAACAAUUCAAUAAUAGCAGGUGCAUAACUUCAACAUGUGUUCAAUCUUUCUGUGUAGACAUAUAGAUCAUAGCUGAAAACU